AUGGUUAGUGUACUAUUCUGUAUUGCUGCGGUUUUAUUGUUAUUGGCUUGUCUUGCAGGUAGGAAAUGGAAUUUGAAAUUGAAACCGGUCAGCGUGGUUCACAAGUUUGCAUUUAUAAUUCACAUCGAUAUCGUCACAUCAGAAAUAAUAAAAAAGGUUCAGGAUCGUGGCACUGUAUCAACAAGGAGUGCAAUAACAAAACUAGAUGUAAGGUCGGGAUGGUCAUCAUGUCAAAUAUGUAAUCAGUGUGGAAAUCUUAUUCAUGACAUGAAAUUAGAAUUAUGUAAAGAAUGUGAUUGUGAUAAUCUUCUUGAAUUUUACUAUUAUUCACUCGCUGAACAGUUACAACAUAUUUUAUUGAUACGAACUAUGUAUGAUCAAAUGACAAAACAACGCGAACAAAAUGAAGAAAAGUUAAGAGUAACAACAUAUGCUGAUAUACUUAUGGAUGAAUCUGACACAUCGUUUACAAUGACAAUCAAUGCCGAUGGGAUCGUUUCCAAGAAUCAACACGUGGCAUUAUGGCCGGUUAUGUUUAUGUUAAAUGAAAUACCAUUACCUACACGUCGAUAUUCAGAAUCAAUUGUGCUUGUUGGUGUUAUUCCGGCCAAAAAGCAUCCAAGCAACAAAUCAUUCGAAACAAUACUAAACAUCGUAUCUGAACAGUGUAAACAAUUAGAAAGUGGUAUUAGUUAUUUCAUACCCGGUCAUGGUGAAAAAAGACUAAAAGUCUUCUUAAUUGCUGCUUGUUCUGACAAACCAGCUCAAUCACUAUUACAGAAUACAGUCGCAUACAAUGCCAAUUACGGGUGUGCCAGAUGCUUCAUUUAA